ACAACAACCACCACCGCACCCGGCACGAACGACAUCGUCAUGACCAUCCGCCCCUCCCCCGCCGCGGUCCACACCACCAGCCUCUCGGAAGCCGAUUUACAGCUCAUCACCCGCGGCUUCCAGCCGCAGUCGGCCCGCGACGGCGCGUCUGCAUGGCUCUACGAGUCGCGCCGCCGCGCCCAGCAGGUGCUGGAUUUUCUGUGGCUGGGUCCCGCUAGCGCCGUUAAGGACCGGGAUUUUUUGAGGCGAGAGGGCAUCACCAUGGUUUUGUGUGCGCGGGACGCGAGGUUUGCUGGGGUGGGCGGAGAGGGGAUGCUCGUUACGGGUGCGAAGAGGUACGUGGAGGGGAUGGGGAUUGAGGUCGGCGGGGUUGAUGUCGCUGAUGGGAGGGAGCUGGUUGGGGCGUUCUCGGUUGUGGUGGGGAGGGUGAAUGAGCAUGUCCUGGCGGUCGAGAGGGACGGGAGUGGCAGGCGAGGGAAGGUGUUGGUGGUGUGUGAGACGGGGAAUGAUCGGUCGGCGGCGGUUGUGGCGGCGUAUCUGAUGGCCGUGUAUGGCCUGGACACCGUGCAGGCAGUGCAAUUCAUGCAGCUGCAGCGGUUCUGUGUCGCGCUGGGUGAUGAUUUCAAGUUUCAGCUGCAGACGUAUGGGGAUAUUCUCAGGGCGAGGGGAGAUGUCGGGAUUAUGGGCGAGCAGCAGCAGCAAAGGGGCGAGGUGGUAGGGGCGAAUGUGAAGCGGCGGAUCGAGCAGACGGUGGGAGAGGCAGGGGAGGAGGACCGGGGUGUUAUUAUGGCGGAGAUGGACGCUGAACGGUAUGAGGGCAGAAACUUUGCACCUUUCGUUGAG